AUUCUUAUUAACAUAAUUGACCAAACGCGGAGCGAUCAUCUUUGUUCUCCGCUGUUGAUAUCACUUUUCAUCUUCUGACUGUUUGACCGAGAUUUAAAAUGGCGCAGCAGUUUGUGCAGACGACAAUUAAAGGAGACAAAGUGGUGCUGUUCAUUAAGCCCACAUGCUCGUACUGCAUCAUGGCCAAAGACGUUCUGUCCAAGUACAAGUUCAAGCCCGGACAUUUGGAGUGUGUUGAUAUAAGUUCACGCAGCGACAUGGACAACAUGCAAGACUACUUCCUGGAACUCACCGGAGCCCGCACGGUCCCACGGGUGUUCAUCGGUGAGGAGUGUAUUGGAGGCGGCAGCGACGUGGCGGCACUGGAGAAGAGCGGUAAACUGAAGAGCAUGCUGCAGUCUAUUGGAGCCCUGCAGUGACCCGCUACAGACCUCCAGGUUUUUAGGCAUCCAGGUGUGGUCACAUGACUAUGCAGCGGGACUUGCGUAGUUUGCGUCGCCGCUGUUGGUACUCGCUGAGCUCCUGCAGGUAGCCUCUGGAUGGCCAGCGUAGCCUCUCCACCUGCUCACGCUCCUCCUCUGGAAUGCAAAAAACAUAUAAACUGUAAUUCAUUGCAAACACAGCUGAAACACUACAGCAAGAUUUACUUCUCUUGGCACAUACAAACACACACAGUAAUAACUCCUGGGAUUGCUGCCAUGACCACAGCCAACAACUGAAUAUCUGAUAUUUGUUUACACCAACAAGCAACAGAAGACCCCACAGUGAUCGAUCAUGUGCUGUCUCCUUAUUCUGGCCUUUGACUGCGCUUGUGCCCUUAAGUACCCGUCCAAUGACCUUUAAACUAUUUCUGUUUGUAUGAAUAAUGAUGACAAUAAAAAGUGCUUCUGCUACUAA